AUGCCCGCACCCCAGGAUUAUGGCGGCGACUACCGCAGAGGACAUCAAUGGACACACUUUGAGCUGAACGCCGUGCUGGCCCUGAUCUGCAAACGCGAUCACCUUCGCCUCAGUCCUCUCGAUUUCACGACCAAGCUUAACGAAACGCUCAACGGCGAAGGCGGAGGCUUAAGCCGUAGUGCCUAUGACCGCGAUAUCCCCGUUGCAGACGUUAAGGCGCUGCUUCAUCACAUCAAGACGGAAAAGAAGGGUGCCUUGGCCUUCAUUGAGAGACAGCCUGCACCUCAUGUUCUAACUCGAGCCAAGAAAAGGGCAUUUGAGCGCAGCAUGGCAUUCGACGGCAGCAAGGAAGAGUGGGAGACGGGCCGUAAGGAGCAGGUCAUGGCCAAGAAAGAAGCGAGACAAGCCCCGAGCGAUGGGCAGCAGACUAUCUUCACCAACAAUCAGGGUGUUCAGAUCGAGAGAUGGGCCCCUGUUGGUCCCAACGGCGUUCCUGACCUUCGAUAUCAUGGAAGAAUGGAUAUAACUGGCACUGGGAUUGCUGAUCAGCCCUUCUCGAACCGCACAAACAGCCAAGCUUCACAUGCUGUCUCCAUGAGUACUGCGAGUCGCAACGGCUCAUUUGGCCAAGCUUUGUCCCGUCCUGGAGCCCACGCUUUUGGCUCAGCAGCCACUCCUCUCACUCCCGGUUGGGGUGCUCCGCUCUCAACGGUUCCUACAACAGGAACUACAUCAACAAAUCCCCAAGGCACACCCUGGCUCGAGUAUGAUGAUGUCCAAGCCAAGAUCGAUAGCAUCACCUCAGCUGCCGCGCAGGCACCGAGCGCUCAUCAGACCCGAGGCUCUUCAGGAUGGGGCCAGGAAAACAUGGCUCCUGAUCGAUCUCGACCUCCUCCACCUCCCUCGUUUGAGCAGGCCAACGCAAGACCCUGGCAGUCUCAGCCACCUCGUUACCGCGACCAAGUCAGAAGAAGUCAGUGA